AUGUCUGCAGGAGACACGAUUGAACACUCUCACCCGGGCACUAAGCCCAGGGAGACUUUCUAUGAAAUGAAAUUUCGCCAAGACGUAUCUCUGGAUGAGAAGAGAGAAACCCAGACGCGACCAGAUGCGCCGACAAAAGAGGAAUUGCACACUCUCAGACGAGUGUCUGAUCACGUCCCGUUCAAGCUCUUCACCAUCGCCUUUGUCGAGCUGUGCGAGCGCUUCUCCUAUUAUGGCUCCGUCAUCGUUUGUAUGUUCACCAACUUCAUCCAGCAACCCCUUCCGGCAGGCUCGACAACCGGCGCCGCUAUCCAUGGCCAGCCCGGGGCCCUGGGAAUGGGCCAGCGCGCUUCUACGGGUAUCACAACCUUCAACCAGUUCUGGCAGUACUUCAUGCCCCUAUUCGGCGCCUGGGUCGCCGACAAGUACUGGGGCCGCUACAAGACCAUCUGCAUCUCCAUCGCUGUCGACCUGGUCGGCCACUGUAUCCUCAUCGCCGCUGCCGUCCCGCCCGUCAUUACGAAACCCGCGGGCAACUCCCUUUCCGCUCUGCUUAUCGGUAUGAUCACCAUCGGAUUCGCCACCGGCGGCUUCAAGCCCAACAUCAACCCGCUCAUUAUUGAGCAGCUCGACAUCGAGCAUCUGAGCGUCCGCACACUGCCCUCCGGGGAGAAGGUUAUCGUCGACCCGGCCAUCACGAUCAACAGGGUCUACAACUGGUUUUACUUGUUUAUCAACAUCGGCGCGCUCGUGGGACAGAUCUCGAUGGUGUAUGCCGAGAAGUUUGUGGGUUUCUGGCUCAGCUUCACGCUGCCGACGUGCAUGCUGGCGCUGUGCCCGUUGGUCAUGUGGUGGGGGAAGGACAGAUAUCGCCAUACGCCCCCCGCGGGCUCGGUAUUGGGGCCCGCUAUUCGGACGUUUCUUUACGCACAGAGGGGAAGGUGGUCGAUCAACCCCUUUAGGACGUGGAAGAACAUGCACGACGGGACCUUUUGGGAGUCGGUCAAGCCAUCAAGUUUCUCCCACGCAACUCGGCCGAAUUGGAUGACCUUUGACGAUGCCUGGGUUGACGAGCUACGUCGUGGGUUUGCGGCCUGUGCCGUAUUCUCAUGGUAUCCCAUCUACUGGCUUUCUUACAAUCAACUCAACAACAACCUCGUCUCGCAGGCCGCCACGAUGAAGCUCAACGGCCUCCCCAACGACAUCCUCUCCAACCUCGACCCCAUCGCGCUGAUUCUCUUCAUCCCCCUCUGCGACCUCGUCCUAUACCCGACCCUGCGCAAGCUCAAAAUCCCUUUCACGCCCAUCAAAAAGAUCGCCUUUGGCUUCUUCACCGGCUCCGCCGCCAUGAUCUGGGCCUGCGUACUGCAGUACUACAUCUAUCAGCGCUCUGCGUGCGGGAGCUUCGCCUCGGGGAACCUGCCCAACGGCGACCCCUGCCCGCCCGUCGAUAUCCUAGUGUGGGCGCAGACUGGGGCGUACGUCCUCAUCGCGCUGUCAGAGAUCUUUGCGAGCAUCACCAGCCUGGAGUACGCGUUCAGCAAGGCGCCGCGGAACAUGAGGUCCAUGGUCCAGGCCGUGGCGCUCUUCAUGUCCGCCAUCUCGGCGGCGCUCGGGCAGGCCUUCACGCCGUUGAGCACCGAUCCGUAUUUGGUGUGGAACUACGGCAUCGUGGCCGUGCUGGCCGCUGUGGCGGGCGUCAUCUUCUGGAUCCAGUUCAGGGGCUUGGACGAGGACGAGGACGAGAUGAACGAGUUGCCCGAGGGCCACGUCGGGAAGGACGUUGCCGGCGAGGAGUCACAGCCAGGUACUCAUAUCAAGGGGUAG